UUGAGUCAAAUAUAUGAAUAAAGAUAUUAAAGGAAGACAGCCAGAAAUCAAUAUGCACUUUCACGAAAUACAGAGUCCAAACAAAGACGUCCGGAUGGGAAAAAGCCAGCGAUUAGCAGCCAAUGGGAGGCGAGGGCCCAAUACCCAGCGCGAUCCCUCAGAUACUCGAAUACUCGGGCAAUACGUGCGUAUACCUCGGAUCCCCUGGGAGAGUCGAAAGAAAAGAAACCACUUGACGCUGCCAGACUGUCUGACGGCGACAAGUAGCUGCGGUGGCCAGUGUUUAAAUGUUCGCGCCCCAGUUCGCAUCCUUUUAGUCGAUCAGCGAGUCAGGAUGAGCAAGGACGCCAGUGCCAGAAUUUGCCAGCGGGAGCGACGUCUCCUGAGGACGCCCAAGUGUGCCAGGUGCCGCAAUCACGGCGUGAUCUCCUGUGUCAAGGGUCACAAGCGACUGUGCCGUUGGCGCGAGUGCUGCUGCCCCAACUGCCAACUGGUGGUGGACCGCCAGCGGGUCAUGGCCGCCCAGGUGGCCCUGCGCCGCCAGCAAACCAUGGAGGCCCUGGAGGCCACCACGUCCUCAUCCACGAGGCCCCCGAGAAUGCCGCCGGUGAAUGCCACCUCCAGCAGCGAGGGCGAAGAUUCCCUGGCCUCAACUUCACCACCGCCGGCACACUCACAUCCUCAUCCACAUCCGCAUCCUGCAUCAUCUGUGACCACCUCCUCAUCCUCAUCCGCCACCCGACAAGCCCUCAUGGCCCAAAAGAGGAUCUAUAAACAGAGAUUACGCAGCCUGCAGCAGUCCACGCUCCAUAUCACCGCUGCCAUGGAAGAAUACAAGCAGCGAUUUCCCACGUUUAGCUCGCCCCUGAUGGAGCGCAUGCGCAAACGACGAGCGUUCGCCGAUCCGGAACUGAACCACGUGAUGGAGGCGACUCUGGGCGGGAACGCUUUGUACUUUGCCACCGUUGCCGCCGCCGCGGUCCACCAGGAACAGCAGCAGCUAUAUCACCCAGUACCAGUGCCGCCGACGAUCCCGCCCAUCAGUAAUCCUCCGACUUUAGGAACACCCUCAUCCGUCUCCCAAAAGAAGCCCAAGCUGAGCUUCUCCAUUGAGUCCAUCAUGGGCAUCAGCACGUAGCCAAGGUUCCAGCGGGUGUAUCAUCAUCCCCAUCCAAAAAUACACUCUGUACAUAGCCCUAGAAUUAUACGAAUUUUUUUGACUAGCUAUAAGUUUCGAUUGAAAUAAAACAAUGGGAAAUGAGAACGUUUAUAUUGCAUAUCAUAUUUAUUUGACAUCACCUGUUUCAGAACGUUAUAUGGAAAAUUUCGACGUUUCUUUAGCAACAAAAAUAACAGUCUCUACCAGAAGACCCAUUGAAUUAAAAUACUGAUACAAUCCAAUUUAUAAAUAAUAAUAUUUCAAGCAAACUUUUAGUUCCAAUACAUUUAUGUUCAGACCAAAGUAGGCCUUUAAGGGCUGUUUGUCACCUUUACAAAUUUUUAUAUUAUACAGACCAGGAUCGACACUUCACAGAUCGGGGAAAAAACCUAAAAUUAGAGAGAUCCAAACAACAUCCUUGAAUUCGUGGCCCCGUCAUUCUAUUGAACCUCAUGGCUCUGGAUACAAAACAUUGGAACAC